AUGGGGGAGGAGGCGCUGGAGGAGUAUGACAUAGACAUGCUGGGCGGCGGAAGCGGGGGGCAGGAGCGGGUGAUGCAGUGGGAGGCGGGGCUCCCGGGCGCCGACAAGCUGAGCCCGCUGUCGCAGCCGCUGGUGCCGGUGGGGUUGGCGGCAGCGUUCCGUAUCCCGCUGGAGCCGAGGCGCACACUGCUGGACGUGAAUAGGGCGUCGGCGGCCACCGUCUCCUGGCUGCGGCGCGCGUCAUCGUCGUCGAGCUUGUUCCUGGCGUUCGUGUCGAAGGGAGCUGGCGUGGAGACGGAGUCGGAGUCGGGCGCCACCGCGGGGGGAGCGGGCGGCGGCGGCGGAGGAGGAGGGGCGGUGUCGGAGGGGGGCAGCAAGCGGGCGCGGCUAGUGUGGACGCCGCAGCUGCACAAGAGGUUCAUGGACGUGGUGGCGCACGCGCACCUGGGGACGAAGAACGCGGAGCCGGAGGGAAAGAAAAUGAAGGCGUCAUCAAACAUCUGA